UACUUCUCUGUGCGACCACUAGGACACUUGAUUUCCGGUGGGCGCCAUUGAUCCCCGUAUGUGUUCUUUCCCAAGGGAGCCAUGGCGCCGACGACAGCAGCCAAGCCCGAAAAACAGAAGCUUCCGGAGGUUCCCGAGACCCUCCUUAAGCGCCGCAAGCAGCGUGCCAUCUCUAAAGUUAAACAGCUAGAAAAUGCUAUUAAGCAGAGGAAGGCCAAGCGUGCCAAGCGCCUCGAGAUCUUUAAGAGGGCCGAGCAGUAUGUCAAGGAAUACCGAAGACAGGAGCGUGACACGAUUCGCCUGAAGCGUGUGGCCAGGAACAAGGGAAAUUUCUACGUUCCUGCGGAGCCCAAGCUUGCGGUCGUCAUCCGUAUUAGGGGUGUGAACGGUGUGAGCCCCAAGCCGAGGAAAGUGCUGCAGUUGCUGCGCUUGCGACAGAUCAACAAUGCCACUUUCGUCAAGCUCAACAAGGCCACCAUCAACAUGCUGAGGAUUGCCGAGCCCUACAUCACCUGGGGCUAUCCCAAUCUCAAGACCGUUCGUGAGAUGAUUUACAAGCGAGGGUUUGGCCGCUUGGAUGACCGCAGGGUGGCCCUGUCUGACAACUCUGUCAUCGAGAAGCGCCUUGGCAAGCUAGGCAUCAUCUGUAUUGAGGACCUCAUCCACGAGAUCUACACAGUAGGUCCCAACUUCAAAAAAGCCAACAACUUCCUGUGGCACUUCAAGCUGAACACACCCCGCGGUGGAUGGCGCAAGAAGACUAACCACUACAGUGAGGGUGGCGACUUUGGAAACCGAGAGGACCUCGUCAACCGGCUUCUCCGUAGAAUGAUCUAAAGCUUGCUAGUGGUCGGUGUAAUAAAAGAGAGAGGACUCCACAAAA